UCAAAGAAGAAAUGGCAGUUUUCUUGCUCCCGUAUAAGACCAAAGUUUGUUUAUUUAUUAUUUGGACUUACUUGCAUAGAUUUUUGCUCAGCAGCUUAGGUAGCCUCUCUCUCUCUAUGUAUAUAUAUAUAUAUACACACUUGUCUUCAACUAGAGAUUGUCAAACAAAAAGCAGGGUAUCGGAAAAUAAGCUGAUUUGCAGUACAUUCAGAUCGCUUACAUUACAUGAUAAUCAAAUAAACUUGUUGAAAGGAGAGAAACCCAUCUCAUCAAAAUCAAUUCCAUCUCGUGGGUUGGCUUCUUACUGACAAUAUAUAAUCAUAAUGGCUUCGUUUCUACCUUCCUGCGCAAUUCGGAUCAAGCCUGCAUCUUCAAAGCUGAUCAGCACUCGUCAGCCCUUGCAAGUUAGAGCCCAGAGCUUUAAAGAUGAAGGGAUUUCGAGUGACAUGGUUGAAGCGAAUCUGAGGGUUCUGAGAGAGAGGAUACAGGAAGUUAAAACGAAGGAAAGAUUUGAGAGGUGUUGCAGAUGUGAAUAUGGAUGGAAUUAUUCAACUGUGUAUAAUCACAAGCACAAGAAACAAGUGGGUUUAUCUCAGGUUUUUGAUCUUGUUGUAUUGGUUUUCAGAACUAUUGGUUUCACCUGUGUUAGUGGUACUUUGAUUCUUCUUCUUGUUUCUCUCAUAGUUCAUUUGAAUCAAUGAUGAUGAUGAUUACUUGUACAAUUUAUUAAUUCCAAUUGUAUAGAUCAUCACAGCUUGAACUACUUUGAUUUUCAAGUUUGUAACUUAGAAGCUUAUAAUUAAUUAAUUGAUUAUUUAAUUUAAUGCAUUUAUGGCUGAAAAAAAAAAGAAGAAAAAGCUUAUUGUGGUUUGCCAAAUGUAAAGAAAAGGGUGAGGCUGUAAUCCAGCGGUUGGUUUGCCAAUUCUUUAAGCAAAGGAAAGCUUUCAA